AUGUUGUCAACGUCCAAGCUACUAAUGCAUCCACUCGUUAUUGGUUUCUUUGUUGCAGCUGCGAGUGCUACGCUUUUAUCCGUUGCCAACAGCUACGCAACCGAUCCGGAUUCAGGUGAGACUCAAGAAACCGAGGUAGUAAAAUUGGUGCCCUAUCUUCCUGGAGGACAUCCAUUCUUGGGUCAUACACUACUCAUGGCUCGUAACCUUGACCGAUUUCAAGACUGGUUGGUCGAAACAAGUAUCGCUCGGAAUGGAGAACCAUUUGUAUUGCGUCAACCGGGCAAGAACGACUGGUUGUUUACAGCAAGACCCGAGGACUUUGAACAAAUUCUGAGAGUACACUUUGAUACGUUCAUUAAGGGACCCCAAGUACGAGAAUUGCUGGAUGAUUUCAUGGGAGAAAACAUUGUCAUUAUCAAUGGAGAUCGCUGGAAAUUUCAACGAAAAGCUCUUGUGAAUCUCUUUACAGCUCGAGCACUACGUGAUCACAUGACCCCUACUGUUCAGAAAUGUGCAUUAGCAUUGCAACGGGUUUUUGCCAAGGCAGCAAAGGAACGACAAGUCCUUGAUGUGCAUCAUAUCAUGGGCCGAUUUACCCUUGAAGCUUUUGCAGAGAUUGAAUUUGGAGCUCAGUUAGGACUCUUAGAAUCCGGGAAAGACCAUACGUUCGAGACAGCAAUUGAUGAUGCCAGUCAUAUCUCGCUCGAAAGGUUUGCAGUGCCAACGUGGGUGUGGAAACUCAAACGUUGGCUCAAUAUUGGCUCUGAACGUCGACUUCGGGAGGAUAUGAAAGUGAUCUCUACUUUUGUGAUGAAUUGUAUCUACGGAGCCAUGGAGCGUCGCAAUCAGCGACGAGAAGCUAUAGCUCGAGGAGAACCAGUAACUUCUGUAGCCAAAGAUAUUGUUUCCAUUUUGUUGGAUAGUGAAGACACAACAGGUGAGCCUGUGCUACCAAAGGACGUGUUUAACAUCUCGCUUGCUGGUGUUUUGGCUGGAAAAGACACGACUGGAGAUGCAGUGAGUUGGCUCAUGCACUUGCUGCAUGAAAACCCUAGAGUUGAGAACAAACUGAGGACGGAACUUCUUGCUAAGAUUCCUAAACUAGCCGUCGACGAGAAUUAUGUGCCUACCAUGGAGGAGCUUGAGACUAUCACCUACUUGGAAGCCACGAUUCGUGAGAGUUUGCGUCUCAAACCACCUGCUCCGUGCGUCACGCAGCACUGUACUAGAGACACGGUGUUUUCUGAUGGCACUUUUGUUGCCAAGGGCAUGGACACGACGCUAUUGUACCACGCGUCGGCCUUGCUGCCGAGUGUGUGGGGUCCAGAUGCCACCGAAUUCAACCCCGAUCGAUUCCUGGAUGAAAAUGAUAAGCUCAUUGUGCUGCCGCCACACAAAUUCAUUGCCUUCAGUGCUGGGCCACGCAAAUGCAUUGGACGCAAGCUUGCAAUGGUUGAGAUGAAGAUCGUGACGGCAUGUCUUGUUGGUCGUUACCAUCUAGUGGAAGUGCCAGGACAAGACAUUUGCGGAACCAUGGGAAUCAGCCUCGGUAUGAAAUAUGGCAUGAAGGUGACUGUCCACGCUACACCCGGUGUGGCCAUCCGUGCUUGA